GCUUUCGUGAAGAGAAGUGAUAUAACGUAUCGUGCUAAGUGGCGGUCAUUCCUCCAACAGAACUGUCAUCGGCAACAGCUAUGAGACUAGCUACAGUGUGGUGCUGCCGGCUGUCUGCGGCCUUCCUCUGCGGCGUGGCGCUGGGCUUCGCGGCGGCCACCCUGGACUUCCGCAGCUCGUCGGCGUGGCUGCAGCGGCAGCUGCAGGCGGCCCUCGCCGGAGACUUCCUGCAGUACGAGUACGAAUACGAGUACGAGUGGUCCACGCUAGCCGCUUCGGACAUUCCAGCGAGGGCACUGCCCACCCUUCCUGCGGCUCGACGCAAGCCAGAAUGCAACCGUACUGCAGCUGACAGCCUGCGACAGCGUGUUCGGGUGUUGUGCUGGGUGAUGACCAGUCCUAAGAACCAUGCCACGAAGGCGGCUGCUGUCAAUGCCACAUGGGGCCAAAACUGUGACAAGCUGCUCUUCAUGACCUCAGAGGAUGAUCCCAGACUACCCACAGUGGCCCUCAAAGUACCAGAAGGACGACAGCAUCUAUGGGCUAAGACACAAGCUGCCUUCAAAUAUAUUGUCCAUGAAGGCUUGUUGGAGAGUAUUGAUUGGGUGCUUAAGGCUGAUGAUGACACGUUCAUUGUGAUGGAAAAUUUACGUCACCUGUUGCUGCCUCUGGAUGCCUCACAAUCUCUCUUUGGGGGUCUGCGGCUGCGGCCGUUUUCACCAAAGGGCUUUAUGAGUGGCGGAGCAGGGUAUGUGCUUAGUCGAAUGGCAGCUCUCCGAUUUGUUGAGCAGGGAAUAUCUGGAGACCUUGGAGGUUGCCGUAAUCCAGGAUACAGAGGCGAGGAUGUUGCCAUUGGUCGCUGCAUGGUGGCAAUAAAUGCAACAUUUCUGGACAGCCGAGACUCUGAUGGGCUGGAGCGCUUUCACGCCUAUGGCCCAGAACGAGAAAUGGCACCAGAUAAGAGAAUGGAUUGGCUGAAGAAUUAUUCUUAUCACCCACUACAACCUGGCUAUGCUCAUCCAGUCCACAAUAGAACAUGUGUGCAAGCAACAGAAAGAUCAACUCUGCCGCAGUGCCAGCAUCAGGAUAUUGAGGACCAGUUACAAAAAUUGUGGAACAGCUUGCCUCGGAAGGCUUCUAAGUGUUGUUCACCAGCUGCAGUGUCAUUUCACUACAUCACACCCACAGCCAUGCGGGCCAUCUACUAUCUGGUAUAUAGGUUAAAACCAUAUGGACUGGAUGAAUGUGAAUUACCAGCUAGCUGACAGUUUGAAAAUGAUUAGAAAAAUCCAUGGCUACAGUAUUAUGUAAGGGUUGGACAGUGUGCAAAGUACAUCUGGACAGUAAAAUGUAAUUUAAAAGAAUCAACAAAGUGCUAAAUAUUGAACUCCUUGUGAUGUGUGAAAAUACUUUGACCAAAGACUUGACAAACUAACAGAGAUACUCUUCACUGCAAAGUAAGAGUAUAUGUGAUAAAUGUGCCAUCAACAAUCCAUGAAUAAAUGUAUUCUUUUAUCCAUUUAUUUCCCAAAGAAAUGUGCAAAUUGUGUAUAAAUACUAUGCAUUUGUGUUGUAUAAAUAACAUUUUCUGUGACUUCA